CGCAAUUUGUGUACAUAUUCAAGCACACAAUAUGGGUAUUACAGGCUUGAGACCAAAUGCCCUUGUCGGCGGCGUCUCUAUCACCAAUUUAUGAAAGAGGGAAUGCAUAUCACAAAAUUACAGCCCAUGACAGAAGGAAAAUACUGCAUCACAGAUGCAUCCUUCUUGAUUUACAUAGCCAUAUUACGUUGCAUUAGAAGCUAUUGUGCUGCUCCUGAAAUCGCACAUAGUUUAGACUCCCAAGGUGGUGAGGGUGUUACUGAUACUCUCUCUGAUGCGAUAGUUGCAGUAUUCAAGUCCUAUAGUGACCAAUGCACACAAGAGUUCGGAUGCACGCCCGUGUUUGUGUUUGAUGGAAGAGUUGCCCCAUCAAGAUAUACCGAACAUGGUCGCCGAGUAGAGGAUUGCGAAAAUGCAUUUCGUAUUAGAAAGUACAGGCAAGGAAACAGACGGCCGUGGAAAUCCAACAGCUGAAGCGCUCAAGCUAGUGAAGGAAUGCUCUCGGCGCACCUGGGGGAUGACUAAGUUGGCUAUUGUGAAUGUGACUUGGGUCUCGGCGGUAAGUGCGUGCACUUCGCAGCUCUUGUUUGGACGAUGACUCAGCAGGCAGCCUGGGCAACAGCGCAUGUAACCGCACGCUACUAGUAUGAUGACUUGGUAGUUGAUGGUGACAACAUGCCAGGUAGUCAUCAUCACGAACUUUGCACUAGUAGACUGUGUGAAUGGAAGGUGCGAACAGCAAUACUAAAACUGGAUCUAAAGAUACCCAUAGAUCAACUGGUAUUCGAAAAUCCAGCAACACGGGCCGAGGCACAAGACAAAUUUGCCGAACAAACUCGAUUAAUUCAGAAUCGUACACAGACUGAUGCAUACAAGCUUGCUGCUCGUAAACCACGUAUUGGAGUUCGACCGCACGUCAGUAGUAAUCGAGCUAUGGUGGGCCUGCAAAGUAGACCGGCUGAAUGAUAACAUACCAUUGUCGAAAAAAAAAUUCAGUUCUUCAGUCUAUUCGAAGACUUAAAGCAGGCUCAGAAACGCUUCUGUACAUUCAAACUGAGUGAACUAUAGACACAGUAUCAAUAAAAAAAAUUCCUCAG